AUGGUUGCCGGACCGGCCGUCUCGGCUUUUGUGACAAGCAUCGUUUUUACGAGUCUUUCUUUCAUAGUUGUUGCGUUGAGGUUGUACACCAGAAUCAUCGUUGUAGGAAAUGUUGGAGUAGACGAUUACUUGAUUCCUGCAGCUUUGGCCGCAUCUAUUGGGUUCUCAGUGGUUGUUAUGCAUCAGAUCAAGUUUGGUUUAGGCAUGCCGAUGGCAACAAUUACGCCAGACGAUCUUUGUCUCUGGGCAACAAUUCCCACAUACAACUUGGCGCUCCUGUUCUGCAAGCUUUCCAUAAUAUUCUCGUACCUAAGGGUCUUCAAGGUCGCGACGACGCAGAAGAUCUGCAAGGCAAUGCUUGUCGUCCUCGCCAUUUACGGAGCAUGGACUGUCUUUGGAUCCAUCUUCAUGUGCGUUCCUGUACAGGCUUUCUGGGGUGAUGGCACUGGCAGGUGCAUGGAUCGUUUGGCCUUCUGGUUCUCAAACGCGGCAUUGAAUAUCGCAACAGACAUAAUCAUUGUCGUUAUCCCAAUCCCCUUGAUCAGAACUUUGCAGAUUUCAAGGAAGCAGAAGAUUGCGCUCAUCAUGGUCUUCGCCGUUGGUGGCUUUGUUUGCAUUACCUCCAUCAUCCGCCUUCGAUCUUUGUACGAGAUCUCUAUCUCUCCGGACACUUCAAGGGACGGAGUCCACAUCGCCACAUGGUCUGGAAUCGAGAUCAAUGUCGCCAUCAUCUGUGCUUCUGCUCCGGCACUCAAGCCACUCAUCGCCAAGGCAUUCCCCAAGUUAUUGGCCAGUACACAACGCAGCAACAUGCGAUCUGGCCAGCUCUACGGAAGGACCGCUGGCGAGUCCCAUCACAUGCAGUCCAUGAAGAGCCGCACGGGCAAGAAGCCUAGCCACAACAUCGCGAUCGAGACGAAGAUUGAAGUGAUGAGUCACAAUGGGAGUCAGAUGGACCUGGUCAGGACAGGUGGGAACACCACAGUGGCAGAGUGCUACUCAACGGAGGAGCGUCCACCAGCACAGGGCCGAAGCAUGGUUUAA